UUAAAGAAACCAUUUUAAUCUUCUUCUUUCUUCUUCUUGUUUAAUCACAAACCCACCAAACAAACACACACAUUCCUAAAAAAUCAGAUCUUCAUUCUCUGAUUCCUCUGUUCCUUCUUUGUCGGCUGUUACAAAAAACCCUACCCACUUUUUUUGUUCUCUCCUCCUUAGUAUUAAUCACAGAACCCUCCUCACUCAAACUUUCACACCAUUUCCAAAAUGUCUUGUUUCUUAAGUUGUGUCCGUUUCGAUAUCACAGCCACAACCACAACCACCGACAACAACAAACCCACGGUUACGGAAUCUGGUUCUGUCUCCGGUGUGACUUGUUAUACCUGGGAUGACGUUGAGUCUCUCACUUCCAAUUUCUCUAGACUUAUUGGCUCAGGUGGCUACAGUAGUAUCUACUUGGCUCGUUUGUCUGGCUCUAUCAACGCUGCUCUCAAGGUUCAUGUUAGUAGCCAUCGUCUUUACCAAGUGUUUAGGUCUGAGCUUGAGAUUUUGCUUCGUCUUCAACAUCCUCACAUUGUUAAGCUUCUUGGUUACUUUGACGAUUCAGAAGAAACUGGUGCACUUUUACUAGAGUACCUUCCUCAAGGUAACCUCCAAGAGAAGCUUAACCGCAACAACAAACAAGUGUUGCCAUGGAGAAACCGAACCGCUAUAGCGUAUCAGGUUGCGCAAGCAAUUGAACAUAUUCAUGAGAAAUGUAGUCCUCAGAUUGUGCACGGCGACAUCAAAUCCUCCAAUAUCCUUCUUGACAAACAUUUCAACUCCAAGCUAUGCGAUUUCGGAUCAGCAAAGGUCGGGUUCUCGUCGAUGGUUCAGCCUUCUAAGACGACGUCAACGAUGUCACCACGAUCCAAGCAAGUGAUGAUGAUUGGUUCUCCAGGUUACACAGAUCCUCACUACUUAAGAACCGGGAUUGCUUCGAAGAAGAUGGAUAUGUAUGGGUUUGGAGUGGUGGUUCUCGAGUUGGUUUCAGGGAAAGAAGCGGUUAGCUCUGAGAGAGGUGAGAUGCUGGUGCACACAGCAGCUCCAUUGAUCCAUGAGAUCCUUGAUUCGAAUGGAUAUAUCGAAGAAGAGAAGAUGAGACAGUUCUUGGAUCCAAGGUUGUUGUCCAGGGACGCUAGUCUUGAUUUAGAAGAGGUUAAGACAAUGCUAAGUGUGGCUGCUUUUUGUCUUCGUAGCGCUCCAUCGUUGAGACCAUCGGCUUCUCAAGUAGUCCAAACUCUUGUCAAGAAGAUCCCGUCUUUGUCUUUCCUCGGUUGUGGAAAAGAAGAGUCUAGUUGUUGGUUUGUCAAAGACACAAAAAGAGCUUUGAUUCAUUUUUAUACUCUUCGACUGACGAGACCCACACUCGGCGAAGCAAUGUCGUCUUUUGCGCUAACGUUGUUACCUUCUCCGUCUCUGGUGUCGGUGAGGAGCACUAAACUCGGGCGAAGUGUCAGUAACGGUAGCCGGAAUUGGUCGGGACUCACUAAAUUGUCGGAGAAAUCGAAGAGCAGACGAAAUUGUGGUCUCUGCUGCAAGGCGGAGCUGUCAGAGCUAGCUCCAGUCGCCUCUGCUGCUUAUGGUGUUCUUCUUCUAGGAGGCGGUCUCUUCGCCUAUAGCAAAUCUGGAAGCAAAGGUUCCCUCUUUGGUGGUUUGACCGGUUCUGUUCUUAUGGCAUCUGCCUACUUCCUUACUAAAUCACCAGAGACAAGAGUUCUUGGUGACACCAUAGGACUUGGCGCUGCCUUCCUCUUUGCUUCUGUCUUUGGAUUUCGUUUAGCAUCUUCCCGGAAACCAGUCCCAGCGGGACCGUUACUACUCCUUUCCAUCGGCAUGUUGUCCUUCUUUGUAAUGGCGUAUAUGCACGACAGUUUACCUCCUAUAUACGUACCUGAUCCGUUACCUUUACCUUAGCCUAGAUGAGAGCAUUUGGCUUAUAACCUGAGAGGAAAGCUCUCAAAAGUAUGAAUCAAAAACAGUUUUGCUUUCCCCACCACGCCAAUAAAUUGCAAAGCUGUGUGAGGCUAAUGUGGAGAGAAUAAUGUUUGUUUCAGAUGCAUCUCCAUUCAAGAAUUUGUUAAGUGACUUUGUUUGAUGUUGAAAUGAUCCAAAUAUAAAGUUUGAUGUUGAAUGAUCCUACAGAGAAAGUUAUAAUAUUUUGUGGACCA